GUUCGAACAAAUUCUACGAAUAGAGUUAAUGAUCAAUUGAUGGGUCGCAUCUUCCAUGUGCGGGCUCAUUACAAAUAACAAGGCCAUUGUGAAAUUAGUGUCGCCCUGCUGUAAGGUUCCGUUAGGAAGAAUGUUUCGAAGCCCCAGGAAGCAUGCCCGCACCGACACCACACCGCAAAGUGUGCAAGACUUGCUGCUUGGGGGUCCUUCCUUCCCCUGAUCAAGUCUCUUAAUUUACCCUCAACAACUCCAACCCUCCCCGUGCUAUGGGUUUCAAAAAACUGAUCGCCGUAACUUGAUUACAGUUAUUAGCCUGGAGCACCUUACGACAGCCAUUCGUGCACCGCCAACCGGGAAGAAGGAAGGAAAAAAGAGAAAGAGGAAAAAAAAGUACAGUACAGUACCAUCAUCCGCUCAGCAACACCAGUUGCCGACACAACACCAACAACAUCAACCACCAAAAAAAAAAAAAAGGAAGGCAUCGCCAUCAUCAUCAUCAUCAUCAUCAUCAUCCCCAUCCCCAUUGUCAUCUGAUCCGAUUCUUCUCAAGAACCAAGGAAAAAUGAUGAUACGUGUCUUUGAGGCAUGGCUCGUAGCAAGAUUACUGCGGAGCCCUUCCUUUCACCGGAUGGUGGCUAGAAUGCACGGUCGUUUGACGGGAAAGGGACAGGUGGAGGAUUACAGCAAGUUAGGCGGUACAAAACUCGAAGGCGGGAACGAGAAUGGCUUCAAGAAAUUCGUUGAUAUUUAUAUUGAUGAGUUUAAGAACAACUUUAAGCGAUGAUUCGACUGGCACUCUUGCUCCAGGCUUUUCCGAUUGCUUUUUAUAGUGGUUUUGAUUCCAUGUUCUUGUUUUCAGUAGUUUACAUAUUCCCUACACUAUACCGUACUGUACGGCGCAGUAACUGUACUUGUACAUACCGUAUGACAUCCACGGGCUAAUAGGAGUCUGGCGUUUCGGAUCAUUGUUCAUUUGUGUGCUACUUUCUAUCUUUCUAUCUUUACCUGUCCUAUUAAACAUCUUUGCUCUUUUUGUCCCAUUUCUCACCCGGGGUUUUUUUUUCCCCUCAGAAAGCUUAACUUCCUACAUCCUUGUCCUCGUAUCACCCCGUGAUACCUUCUUCUCUUCAUUUUCCUCCUUCCUUUUUCGCCCCUUACUUUAUUUAACCCAAACGGACAUUAAAUUGGG